AUGCAGAAUGUUUUAUUAGUAAAACAUAUGAAACGAUCGUUCUCAAGUUUAAAACAUGAAUUACAAAAAUUCGAAGUAGUUACCAAUAAGUUUCUACAAUGCAUUAAAAAAUACAAGACAGAAAAAGACCUUUGUUUAUCAUCCUAUAUGAAUUAUAAAAAAGAAAUAAAGGAAUAUAUAAAUUGUUUAUUUGAUAAAAAUACUUUAGUUAAUUUUGAAAACAGGGAUUAUAGGAUGAUAUUUACUUAUAGCAUACUACUAUCAAAGAGAAUUUUGUUUCAAAAGGAGCAUCUAAAAAAUGUGCUCAUCUCUUACAUUGCAAACUACACAAAAAGGAAAAAGGGGGGGGAUACAAACCCUAAUGAGGAGCAACAAGUGAAACGAAAGGAAAGUAGUAUAAGAGGCGGUGGUAGUGAUAAUGGUAACGAAACAAAUGAACUGUUACUCCUAUUUAAGUUUCUUUUUUUCUUAAACGUAGAUUAUGACAGAGCAAUAUAUAAUCAUCUUUAUUCUGAGCUAAAUAAUGAAAUUGAGUGGUGUCCCUUGGACGAGUUAGUUGAAUGUAUAAAACUAAUAUCAUCAUUUAAAAAUAAAAAAUGGGUAAACCACAAAGUUUUCUCUAGAUGUAUAAAUGAAAUAAUUAAAAGAAAUAAUGAAAAGCAGAAUGAUAAUGAUGUGUUAAACUUUUUAAUAACAAUUGUAAAAUCUUGUUCUCGUCUUAACUGUGAAAUUACAGAUAUAUCUGUUUUGUUAGAUACCUUUAGAGAAAGUUAUGAUAAAAAUAAAAAAAGUGACAUGCACAUGUUAAUAAAAAUUAUUUAUAAUUUAUUUUUAUGUAAUUAUCAUAAUUACAAAAAUACGAAUCAACUAAUUGAUUUAUUAAAAGAAGAAAUCAUGCAAACAAAUAAAGAAGAGGAUUAUCCUUUAUAUAAAAAAUACUUAUAUAAUAAUAAUAUCAUCAUAGAUAAUAAUGUAGACCUAAAUACAGAUAUGAUAAAAAAAAAUACAGAUGCUUAUAUAUCGAAUGAUAACAUAAACAAUAUUCAUCAACUAUACUUCAAAACAAGAGAACAACUCAAAGGCCACCUACCUAGUACAUCUAUAACAUCCAUAAAUUUGUAUAGACUUAAGUUUGUCGAUCUUCUUAUUCGGUCGGAUAGUUACCUUUACAAUACUUUCUAUUCUCCCAACUCGCACUUUUUUGACUUCGUCCGGCAGUUGAAAAUGGAGGGCAAAGAAGUGAAGGAAACCAUAUUCAGCAAGCAAGCCAAGUUUUUUAUAAAGGAGAACGGGUUUAAGAUAGGAUAUAAACAUGUACACAUAUACCCCAUAAUUUUCUUACCAGAUUUUAAAAACGCUUACGUAGAAUUUGUACACAAUAUCCUCAUUAAUAAGCAAAUGAAGGACGGCACAAAUAAAAUUCAUAAGCUCUAUUUAAACCACAAAAUUAGGCACAUGAAAUUCUUAGGAUGGUACCCCAUCCUACUUUACGAGCAUGAAUGGAAAAAGCUAAGAAAUUAUAAUGAAAAACUUGGGUACAUAAAAAAAGCGUUUAAAAGCGUAAGAAGCCAUACACAAGAAGUAUAA